GAGUGUUGCGCGCGCCGCGGGGCCCGGAUGAGUGGACGCUGUUAGUGCGAAAGGCGGCGGCAGCCCAGAGGUCGGCAGCACCGGGACCAGCGAAGCGACAGCUCCAGGAGUCGGCCCGAGGCACAGGCCCAGCUCCAACCCCCAUUCACACCCACCCGCCUCCUUAUCUCCUUCACCUCGACCCCCUGGGCCUGAAGAGUGGAAUGUGCGGCGGCUCCGAGCGGAUGGAGUGAGCGGCACCGGGGAGUCGCGGAAGUCAAUGCCGAGUUCAGAUACGCGCGGCGGGAGCCGGGGUCGCAGCCCCAGCGGGAGGAGACGCCCGAGUGAGAGCGGCCCGGCUCAGACCCGGGAGAAAGGUCGCUGCGCAACGGCCGCCGCCGCUCCUCCUCCCUCGAGUUCGCGGCGCAAGAAACGCCGCAGUAAGCACUCGGCCGAGAGUCGGGCCCAGCGGAGGGACGGCAAAUACCCGGCCGCGGCUUGCUCAGCAUCGGGGCCCUCUGCUAUCCCGCUCUCGCUCCGCGGCCUGGUCGAGUACGACGACGUGAGCUCGCAGUCGGAGAAUUUCGGCUUCAGCCCCGCGUCUUCCGCUGGGCGCCGACCCGAGCGCUCCCGGGACAAGGAGAGGCGGAGACGCGACAAGGGCAAAGAAAGCUCUCGGUCCCGGGCCGACGGCAAGGCCAAGAGUAAGAGCCGGAGCCGGAACAAAGCUGCAGCGGCCGAGCAACCGGUCCAGGGCGACAAGGAGGUCCGAGGAGGCCGCGCUUCGCACCGUAGUGACAAAGAGACGCCCGCGGCUUACAGGGAGCCUCCGCCGCGGGCCUACCGGGAGGCCGACUGGGAGGCUCCGCGGGCCUACCGCACCUCGGCCUCGCCUGGGCCCCGCAGCCCGCCUUACCGGGAGCAGAGCCCGUAUGGGACGGCUGUGUCCUGCUACCCACAGGCCUACGGAGCCGGCUCCAGCCACAGCCCCAGCAGGCCCGCCGCUUUCGAGCUGUACGGCCGCAGCCCCCCGCCGCCCCUCUUCGCUUUCAAGCCCCUAUACAGUUCGCGGGAGCCGGCCUUGCACCCCAGCUACACCGGCCGUUCUCCCAGCCCUUACUCAACGUCCCGCCGCCGCUCGCCCAGUUUUUCCCGGCACCUCAGCCCCUACGAGUAUGGCGGCCUAUCCCCCACUCCCUACCCCAGCAGCAGCCGUCGUCGCUCGUCCAGCCCCUACAGCCGGAGCCCGGAGCUCAGGAGGCCUAAGUCACGGAGUAGAAGUCCAUAUUAUUCUAGACGCUCAAGAUCUCGCAGCAAGCACCGUGUGUCAAGGUCUCGCAGUCGUCAGUCAAGCAUUUCACCAAACAGUUUAACUUACAAAACUAGCCUUGCAGCUGAGCUGAGUAAGCACAAAAAAGCAAGAGCUUUUGAGGCUGCUAAAAAUAAUGCGAAAACAUCUAAUGCACUUAAUGCAACUACUGCCAAGGCAAGUAGCAAUGCUAGUUCAACGACAACAGCCCAUGCAUCUCAAACAAAGGAUACAAGAGAGGCAAAUAAGCUCAAGACUGAGCGAGUAGCUGUUUCCCCAUUAGACACUGGAAUGCAGGUAACAGUUAAAGAUGAGAAACCGAAAGCCAAGACGAAUACUCAGGAGGCAAAAAUAGACUUUGACUCAAACAUGGAAAAAAAAGAGGCAGCACAGGCAAACUUGGGCGCCAAAGUUCCCAAAACCCCAGUAGUGAAAGUGGAGUCGAUGACACCAAAAGAAAAACUCAAGCAAGCUGUGCCAAAUGAAACUGCAAAGGAGAAAGAGAAGAACCUAACCCUGCAAACAUCAAUACUGCCUUCACUACCCCUGCUCCCAGUGCUGACCAAGGAGGAGCAUGACGAUGUGAGCAGUCCAAAAGAUGGUAAUAUAACAAAGGCAGUAAAGAAGGACCCUGAACGAAAGCCUCGGCACUUACUAACAGACCUUCCAUUGCCACCUGAGCUUCCAGGAUCUGAUUUACCUUCACCUAAAACUCCUGAAGAGAAGAAAGCACCUGUUCAGUCACAGAUUAAAAAGCGACCCAAAAUCUGUGGUCCACGACAUGGUGAGACAGUUGUAACAGAAAUUGACUGGGGUAAACGUUGUGUCGACAAAUUUGACAUCAUUGGAAUAAUCGGGGAAGGAACAUAUGGACAAGUCUACAAAGCUAAGGAUAAAGAUGCAGGUGACAUGGUUGCUUUAAAAAAAGUCCGCUUGGAUAAUGAAAAGGAGGGCUUCCCUAUAACUGCUAUCAGAGAGAUUAAGAUUCUGAGGCAGUUGCACCACUCAAGCAUCAUAAACAUGAAGGAAAUUGUAACGGACAAGGAAGACGCAUUAGAUUUUAAAAAAGAUAAAGGUGCAUUUUAUUUGGUGUUUGAAUAUAUGGACCAUGACUUAAUGGGACUCUUGGAAUCAGGAUUAGUGCAUUUCACUGAAAACCAUAUCAAAUCCUUCAUGAGACAACUAAUGGAAGGUCUGGACUACUGCCAUAAGAAGAAUUUUUUACAUCGAGACAUCAAAUGCUCCAAUAUUUUACUUAAUAACAGGGGGCAGAUAAAACUUGCUGAUUUUGGACUAGCUCGUUUGUACAAUUCAGAGGAAAGUCGGCCGUACACCAAUAAGGUUAUUACUCUCUGGUACCGGCCACCUGAACUCUUGCUUGGAGAGGAACGAUAUACGCCAUCUAUAGAUGUAUGGAGUUGUGGAUGUAUACUGGGUGAGCUUUUUACUAAAAAACCCAUCUUUCAAGCAAAUCAAGAGCUUGCUCAAUUGGAAUUGAUCAGCCGAAUCUGUGGUAGCCCAUGUCCAGCAGUGUGGCCUGAUGUGAUUAAGCUACCUUAUUUCCACACCAUGAAACCAAAGAAGCAGUAUCGUAGAAGAUUAAGGGAAGAAUAUUCUUUUAUUCCAGCAACUGCUCUGGAUCUCUUUGAUCAUAUGUUAGCUUUGGACCCCAUUAAACGUUGCACUGCUGAACAUGCUCUUCAAUCCGAUUUCCUGAGAGAAGUGGAUCCUACAAAAAUGCCUCCACCUGACCUGCCACACUGGCAAGAUUGCCAUGAAUUAUGGAGCAAAAAGCGACGAAGACAGAAACAGUCCGGAAUUAGCGAUGAUGCAGCACCUAAAGUUCCUCGUAAGGAUUCUGCUUUAUGUAUGGAUGAUAGCAGGAACAACACACCCCAAGGCUUGCAGCUCUCUCAACAUAAAACUCAGGGCAAUUCCAGUAUAGGAAUAGAAUCAUCAGGAACAAGAAGACACAGAUUUACAACGAUUGGGGAAAGGACCAGAGGUGACAUGAGGAAAAAAAAAAUACACGGGAGUAAAAGCACUGGACAGCCACUAAACCAGAAUGACCUGGCCAUCCUGCUGAAUCUGUUGAGAUCCAAGAACAGUCUUAGCUUGGCACAUCUUGCUCAAAUCCUAAAUAUUAAAGUGAACCCUGAGACUCAGCAGCAACUCAGCACAGUUAACCUUCCAGCUGGAGUCCUGGCAGCAGCUGCUAAGCAGCAACAAGAAGUAGAAAAACUACCACUGGUAACAUCAUCUGUGACAGCUCAGCCUCUGCCACCUGCAACACAGCCAGCACCGAAAAGUGAGCCUGAUGCUGCUCAGGCCGCCAUCCAGAGUGCACUUGCUGUUUUACUAGCUCAACUGAUUAAGACACCACAGCCAAAAGAAAAAGAAAUUGUCACAGAGACAGAGAGUACUGCCACCGAUGUUGAGGUACCCACUCAACCACCAGAACCUCUGGAUCCUCCUGAGCCUGUCGCUGCUAUAGCCGUUUCAGAUUUCAACGAUGACUCUACUAGACAGUUGGAUCUUAGCAUCCCAGACCAAUCACCUGUACAUGAACAUCCUCGAAUCCUGCCUCCAGACCAGAGACCUCCGGAGCCACCAGAGCCACCACCUGCAUCAGCAGAUGGGAACUUUCAGGCAGAGGAGCAGCAAAGUACCAUUCCUUGCUCCACAAACGAUCCAACUGCAGGGGUGAAGGCAGCCCUUUUAGAGCUUUUAGCUCAUCACCAAGCCCAGGAACAGGGACAGACAGCUGUUGACUAUCGAGCAAGUGGUAACCUUAGAACUGCUGCAGAUUACGGGGAUGGAUUUGGGGCAUCCUGUUCGUCUAAUAACUUCAAUAGUGAUGGGUACACCAGCAGACUUGGCAGCAGUGGGGGAAGGGGCACCUUCCUGGGUAGUGCGGAUGCCCCCAGUCACUCGCUUCUGGAUAAUGUAUCGUCUGCAUUCAGUGCUCCAUCAUCUCAUGCUAGUAGUGCGCACUUGCAUUCUGGCUACUCAGAGGCCUUUUCUAGCUCAGUCACAGGUUAUGGAGAAGGGAUUAGUUAUCUCAGCAGCAGUGCUAUGCAGUUUACAGGAGAUAAAGACCACAGAUUUGAAUACAGUCGUGGUGCUCUGCCCCCGUUGGGCAGUAGUGGAAGUAAUCCAGGAGCAAUACCUGAAAGUACAAACAGUGCAAAUGUGCCUCUUGCCACAAAACUGCAGAAUUAUGGGUAUGUUGCCAACAGACAAGAGAACCUAGCUGCCAGUGGCCCUCUUCAUGGACAGAGCUGGGGAUCCCCUGGGCGUGGAGCAGGUUAUUCUCAUGCUUACAGUGGCCGUAUCAGCACAUCAACAAUAGGAGGACGAGGGAGAGGUUUACCAUAUUGAUUUACAAACCAGACUUCAUAUAGUAUACAUGAAUGAUACACUGAUAAACAGCUGGGAAGUCCUCUGUAUAGCUGUGGUUUGUACCAGGGAUUUUUUUUUUUUAAUGUAAAAUGUACAUUUGAAUACAAAAGUUAUUAGAUUUGACAAAUUUGAAGUAUUCCAUUGCAAAACCAAUUUGUACAUGCGGAGAAGUAAUGAAGAAAACACUAGGCUUCUCUCAUGAACUGCAAUAUUUUUCUUCAUCCUCCGUUCUGCAAUUCUGUUUUUUAAAAGAUUAUUUUUAUGAUUGUACAUCACUUUUUCCCUUUUGACUGGUUAUACCCGUUUGUAUUAUAGCAGUUUUGAAGAGAAUGGUGUUUCUAGGCUGGCUGACUUUUGAGGUACUUGUGACUAAAACCUAGCAAGACCGUGGUCAUAAGGUUGGCAAGAAUUCUGUACAUUAAGUGCUUUUAUGAGUUUGGACCAACUGUCUACUAUCUGUGAGCUGCUAGACUCUGCAAGGCUCUUAAGUAGUGUGCUUUUUUAAAAAAAAUCUUCUUAUUGGCAGGUUGCUGUCAGUUCUUAAGCUUGGCGUUAUUGAAGAAAAUGUGGUUAAUUCACAUUGUAUCUGAGCUAAAUACACCAAUUUGGUUUACCCUAUUUAUAUAAGGACAGCAGGUAUGCGGUCCUUUUUUUAAAAAGUAAGUUGUCAGAAGCUUUGAGUAAAGUCCAUGCAAACUGAAUUGUUGCCUUGUUUUGUAGUUCAACUUUUAUCAGACAAUUCUUACUAAAACAAAGGAAAUACAAAAAUAAAAAGCAGCAAACACCUGGUUGCAUCAGUAUUUUCUGUGGGUCUUUCUAUUCAUUCAUUUGGGCUGUUUACUUCUGCCUUUUAUCAAAAAUGACUUGCAUUACAUAAUGCUGCCUGGUAAUCACAAGCUUGGUUUAGAAAAAAGGGCACCUUCAGUGGAGAUUUAUGCACAUUGGUGAACUUAUCCCCAAGGUAAUUCCUACAUCACAAAAUAUGGUGAUGUCCUUUGCAUUGAUAGUUAUGGUUUGAAGCAAAACUUCAUGUAUGUGAUGACUAAUACUUCUGAGAAAUGAGGGCUUGUACUUCAAUUACUAACCAAGAUCAUAAACCCACUUGAGUUACACCUUGGCUGUUUUUUAGAGGUCCUGUGACCUUGUUCAUUUAGCAGUAUUCAUUAUCUGUUAUAAAUAAUCUAAAAUUGUCAGAGGCAAACUGUAACGGAAGAAGUUGAUGUGUACAGUUAUACUUGUUCUGGGCAUAUUUAUUUAAAUGUGCUUCUGCCACCAGAAGAUGGAACCGGUUCCAUUUUUAAAAUUCAAUAUUUAAUGGACUUUUUGUUUCUGAAUUUUUGUCCUUCAGCCAUAAGAGACCUUAACAUGAAUUGCAGCCAAAACUCAUCACGAAGUUGAAGUUUCCCAGAUAUAUUGAACUGUCAAGAAUUCCUGCUGUUUAAUUUGUAUGGAAGUUAUAAGUUGUAUGCAGAGGUCAGUGUGUUUUUGGUAGACAGGAUCAUUUGUAGGACAAGAUGCUCCUGGUCCUGAUUCACUGAUCUGCUGAAGAUAUUCCAUUCGACCACCAGGUCUUCCUUUGCUUAAUCAGCAUUAGGUAUCAUUUCGGUGAAAUAGCUGCUGUAUGUUCCAUUGGCAUGCCUGACUUUACAAACUUAGAUAUUUUGUAUUGGUUCAAUCCCAGAAAAAGCAUGUUCAUGGCCAUGCACCAGUGAAAAUUAAUGCCAAAAUUAAUCCUUUACACUGUGGCAUGUCAAGUGAUAUAAUCUGCAAACGCACCAACUUAGUUAAUUUGUUUGUAGCAAAUUUACAACCAUAAACUAAUCUGGCAUGGAUGUACAAAAUUAUAACCCUAUUGAUCUCAAAAGUGCUGUUUCAAAUACACAGGAUAUUGCUGUUCAGUGGGAGAAAAUUGGUAUGUGUGCUGAAUUGCAGAUUUUCCAGAGUCGUGUGUAAGUUUUGGAAGCAUUAUUUUCCCCACUAACAAGAUAAUCCUGUUUUGAUUCAGUUACAGUUUCUGUACUCUGAAAAUUUUGUUGAUUGAAAUAAUAAAUGUACAUUUCAAGUUUAUUUUGUAUUGCUCCAUUUCCUGUGCCCGCACUCUUGACCUUUAUGCUUACAGUAUAAUAAAAGAUCUCAGGUGCCCAAACGUUACAGGACAUCCAUAUUUACUGUGGUGAAAUAACGCUGUCCAGUACAGGAAACCUUGUUACAUAUGUAUAAAUUGAUACCUGUAUUUUUUUUAAUUUUCACUGUCAUGCAUAGAAGGUACAGGUUAGAAAUCAUUCCAAAAUUGUAAUAUACUCGGGGAUAAAUGGACACAUUCAUAUUUUAAUGCAAACCCAGGUUAAAGUGUUUGCCCUCCCAAGCUAAAUCAGUUUUAUUUUCAAAUUUUCAGGAUGUCUUCUAUUUCAUCUCCACUUCAGAAGAAUUCAAAAAAGAAAAAAACUAUUUAUACUGUAAUAUGUUUUAUGAAUACUAUGGCCUUUUCAAAGAGUUUCACGUAAUUUGUUAAAAGAUUGAAUUCUGGCAUUGUAAUUUUGUAUGGAUCUGUAAAUAAAGAUGGAGAUUAAUUUC